AUGAAGUCUAUUCAAACGGCUCUGGCGGACCAGCUGGUAGCCUCGAGUAAGGAGGCACUUACAAGACUGAAUGGUACUGUGUUCAACUCGUUGUCAAACACGAGUCAAGCGAAGGAUAAUAAGAGUGAUACAUCUUUCCAAGAUGGAAUUUUUGAGCCUACCGAACAGUUUGGCUUUUUGAAACCUAAUCGAUGUGGCACAGUAAAACUGGUCCCCAGCUUACCCCCGAACGAGUACGAGAUGACGAGUUCGCCUCCAGAACGACAGCAAUAUUUAGCUGCCACCAACAACAUGUGCUCAUCUAUACCAAAUCCAAGAAACGGCAUUUUCCCUGCUUGCUCCGUUGCUCCUAGUCCUGAGUUGUUCUUCAAUUUGCUCCUAACCAGAAAUUCCAAUCAGCUGUCUUUUAUUGCGAUGUGA